GAGAGGGGCAGAGGGAGGGAGCAGAACGUACAGCUUGCUUCUACGCAGCGCUACAAGGACAGUGAGCGUUCGUGAGAGCCAGAGAGAAGAGCACUGAGUUGAAGCUUAGCCUCAGAUGAGCCUACCUGAGCAGCAUACAAUAUGACCUCCACGCUGACCACGGCACAUGACUGACCACACAUUCCAGCACCACGGAGAGCGGAUCCACUUAAUCAGGAGCAUCCUUCUACAAACUGAGACUGUGUAUUUUGGGACCACAGAAGUUUCAUGAAAUUGUUAUUUUUCUUAUAGAAAACCUCCAAUCCAGGGAUAUAUUGUUCAUUUUUUCUCUCUCUUUGAGAAGAAGAGCACAUUCUUUACUGGAACACUCUGGGAUACAUGUCUGAAUGAGAGUUUGUGCAAGCCUCGCUGAGCUCCAGGGUCACAGUGUAGUUGCUCCUUGCCACUCUGCUUACUGCUAAAGGAGGCUCUUCGACUAUAGUCCUGUUAAGUGGAAGACUGCUGUGAUCAAGAGUGGACCAUGAGUGAAUCCAAGAAGAGCGAGGUGGGCCUGAGGGACAAAGCCAUCCUGCAUCAGCAGAGGCGGCUGAAGCAGGCCACGCAGUUUACACACAAGGACUCGGCCGACCUGCUGCCCCUUGAUGGCCUCAAGAGGCUGGGCACUUCCAAAGACUUGCAACCACACAGCAUUGUGCAGCGGCGCCUCCUGGAGGGCAACAUCCCACGGCUGCGUGGGGAAUCCCGAGAUGUCAUGGCCCGCGUCCGCUCGCCCCUUGCCGACAGCAAAGAGGGAGGCGAGACUGAGGAGAGGAGCGAGAGCACAGUGGAUGACUCCACUGAGGAGAGGGAAUCACCAGAGGAGAGUGAGAGGAGCCUGAGGUCUGAGGAAGAGGAAGAGGAGGAGGAGGAGGAGGAGGAGGAUGGAGACAGUAGUGAUGCUGGUGGAAAGGCAGAGCUCAAGCAGAAACAAGGAGAAACGGAAACAGUGAAGGCAAGAGGGCAGGCUAGAACAGAGGAGCGAGAGAGAGCACCCACCCUGUCAGCCCUGCUGGUGCAGUGUAAGUGCGGUGAUGCUGAGGUGAAGGUGUCCAUCAACACAGGCUGUCAGUACAACCACAUCUCCAGCACAUGCUGCAGAAGACUGGGACUGAAAGCCAGUCCAGAGACUAAGCCUCUCAGUGAUUCCAUGGUUAAUACCGUGACAUAUUUGCCGCUGCAGUUUGGUAAAGAAAGGAUGCAGUGUUCUGCUCAGGUCAUAGAUGAUGAGACGUUUGAGCUACGCCUGGGCCUACACACCCUGCUGGAACUCAAAUGUUGCAUUGACCUGAAUGCUAGAGUGCUCCGCCUCCACAGCACCGGGGAGGAGCUUCCCUUCUUGGAGACACCUACCUGCAGCCAGUGCCAUCACCAUGAUGACAACAAGAACCUGUGACCUUUGACCUUCCUCUUUAUCAUGACCAAACCCCCAGCCAACUGGGGGGUAAGUGGAAGUAAAAAGGAAGUAUUUGUGGGAGGGAAUCUGCCUCUGAGUGUGUUUGGACUACAGCAUCACUCAGUGUUGUCACUUGGCCAGAACAACUUUCUGUCCUUUCCACUCAGCCUCCGCUCUUUUUCCUCCCCCUUUUCUCCUCCACCCAUCUUCUUGUGUUGUUUUCUGUGUCAUUUACAUAAUUUUGCAAAUCUUUCUUUUCUCCUUUACUGAAGAAGUGGAACAAAUGUGAUGCUAUAAGGGACAGGUUAUGUGUUGUCCUGUCUAAUAUGUUUGAAAUUGUUUUAUUUCUUAUAAUCAGACCAAAUGUAAUCCUAAUGAUACAGCCAACACAGUACAUUAGUACUUAAAUCUUAAAUAAAUCAAAAUUGCACACAAAUCUUUGUGAUUUGGUGUAUUAAAUUACAAUAUAGUUAAAUAGCUCUAUAAAGAGCCUCAGAAUUAGAAAUGUGUUUAAUGUCUGACCUAUGAAGCUUGUGCAAAGGAGUUCAUGCUUUCAAGCUACCACCAAAGUAAAAACCUUUAAUUGGCCCCCCUUGGUGAACGGCUUAAUCAUAAUUUGAGGGAAAAUGUCAAAACACUGAACAAAAUUGUGAGUAAAGCUGAAAGUAAAGCUCUGUCUUCAAGUCUUCUACCGACAGGAAAAUGCAGAGAAGACCAUCAUUGGCACCUAAUGCUAGACUGGGCUUCUGUUCCGACUCCAUAUGUAUAUCAGACGGAUCAAAACAUUCCAGAUGCCAGAUUUUGUAGAUGUAUAUCCCUGUUUUUUUAAAUCAUUGAUGAAUUAAUGUGCAUCUAAGAGGGGCAUUUUGAUUUGAUGUUUGAAAUGUGUUGCUAGCAUCUUCUGGACGUUUAUGUGUUUUCUAACCGUUUGUGUUCAGCACAUGCAGGUAGGAAUAAAGCUGGUUCACCACUUCUCAAGCCAAAUUCCUAUUCAAUGCUACCAAAUUCCAGCCCUUCCUGCCUUUGCUCACCUCACCUUUAGAAGUGAGAACAUAGCACCAGAGGUUUAUCUCUGAAACAAGGCCUCGCUGGGUUUCCAUUUACUCCUGAGCACCUGCUCUGUCUUAGUUUCAGUCAGAAAUCUGCCUGGUGCAGCUUCUUGUGGUUCAGAUCUACUGUGACUAACACUAAGAUUUCACAUUGGCUGAUUUGGUUUUUUGCAUCUCCACACCACUGCAAUGGAGAGAACAUGUCAAACUGAAAGGCCGCCUGCGUCUCUCGCGUGCUGCCCACACAGCACUUGCCCUUGAUCCAUUUUGAAUGUUUGAGUAACCGAGAGGACAGCACACAAUGCUCAAUCUGCUAAAUCAUCUGGCCUCUGUCACUUGCAGUGCCGCUUUGGAUCUCUCAUCGGAGGUCAUUCACGCUUAGAUUCGCUCUGCUUUUGUGUCCGCCUCUGACGUAUUGCGGUUCUUUGUAUGCUUUGGAGGAAGGAAAAUUGAUGUACGAAAGAGUUUAUUUUUAGUGGUUUUUUUUCUUUUCUCUGAAGUGUAUUUUCUCUGCCUAAUAAAAAUAUGUAUUCUGGCUAUGAA